ACUCAUGAAAAGAAAACGUCCUCCCUGAUCUUAAAUGGUACUGACCGUUACUGGUACAAUUGAGAUCAGACUUCACGCUAUGGACAUAUAGAUGACUACCUGCUUCUUUUGAACUGCUCGAUGCCCCAUAUUAUGUGAAGGAAUUUAAAGAAUUCUCGGUUUGGUGAUUUUCUUUCAACAUUUCAGUUGAAUGCAUUCAGUUGUACAACUGACUAGGUAUCCCCGAUUCCCUUUCCAAGAGUAGCAGAAACUUGCAACAAGAGACCGAAAGAUUUUUCGAAACAGAGACCGAAGGUUCAGCAGCUUAGAAGGGGAAGACAGACAUCGUUUUUUACAGUCUUCUGCAGGCUUACACAGUGUCCUUUGGGAUAAGAAAUUCGAGACGCGCAGUUGAGAGAACCGUUACUUUCCAUCGUUAGUCUAUCAGUUGUUUAGCCAUUUUAGGAUUUGUUAAGUAGACCUAAUCCUAAUUGAUUAAAAUUGCAACUAUCUACCGAGAGAGUAAAAGUUUCUCCGUAAAGGCAAACUUUGACCGUUUUUCAUAAUUGUUUUUUACUGUAGCCUCCGGUAUUUGCGAAGGAGGGACAGGCAUCACCAAAACAGAGCGCACAAAGCCAUUGCGCCGCAGUACCACGUCAUUCUGUCAAACUUAUUGAAACGUGUUUUGUUACUUUCUGGCAACAUAUACUUCAUUUUCAUUCAGAUAAUAUUUAGAUAGGUGGGGAGUCGGGGGAGAUGAUGACAGGAUUUCGACUGAACUUGGCGCCUCUCAAGGAACCGCUGGGUUUCAUCAAAUUUGUAGAAUGGCUGACAGCCAUCUUUGCGUUUGGGAGCUGUGGGGGGUAUUCUGGCAGGAAUAUCGUGUCACUCUUCUGCAGUGAAGGAAGGAACGAGACGCUGAAUGUUACUUUUAGCUAUCCCUUCAGGUUAAACCUGGUUGCUCUACUGGAGGCCAACACCACUCUGUGUAACCACUCCGUGCCCGUCACCCACCUGGUGGGAGACUCCGCCUCCUCGGCCCAGUUCUUUGUGGGCGUUGCCAUCAUCUGCUUCCUGUACUCUAUAGUGGCGUUGCUCGUCUACCUGGGCUACAUGCAUGUGUACAUCGACUCCGACUUCGGCCCAAUGUUUGAUUUUGGUCUGACAGCAGCGAUUGCCUUCCUGUGGCUAGUGUGUUCCUCAGCAUGGGCCAAGGGGCUGCAGAACGUGAAGGAUGCCACCGGGACAGCGGGCAUCACCUCCACACUGGCACUCUGCAAGGAGAGCGAUGUGGCCUGCGAGGUCACUGACUUCGCCAACAUGCGCACCCUCAAUGUCUCUGUGGUGUUUGGGUACCUGAAUCUUAUCGUGUGGGCGGGCAACGCCUGGUUUGUGUACAAGGAGACCCGCUGGCAUUCUCAGAAGUACACUGCCCAGCAGGGGGCUGGGGCCAGGCGUGGACAACAAGUCCCUGCUGCUAUCUAAUACUCUACUGCACUUCCAAUGCCCAAAAUAGCCCCGACACACCCUAAGUACUCCUGUAGAUCUGAGAGGAUUGGAUAGAUACACUAUAAGCUUUAUGGUAAUAGGCAGCUUCAUCUUGCCUGCUGAUUGUCUGGGUGGAAAUGGGCCAUAUCUAUACUGUGUCUUAAUUAUCAAUAUCUAUGCUUUGUCGAAUAUAUCUGUGCCUUCAAUACCUGUCCCAAUAUUGGCCCAUGCCUUUCUGUGCCUUAGCAUGCCAAUCCUUUCUCUCCUCGUGCCUUCUCUAACCUCUAAACCGGUGCCUUCUCUUACCAGUAUACCCCACGAAGCCCUGGUACAUUCUCCUAAGCUGUGGUACAGACUCAUUGACAGCAUUUGUGCACUUUGACCUGCAACUAUCUUUGUGCUGGGAAUUUCUGCCAAACCCUAACCUGGGAUAGUUCAGAUUCUUAAACAAUGCGUCCUUUUACCUCAUGGCCUAGAAGGAAUCAUGAUCUGUCGUCACUUGCCUCUUUUUGCCAAGUGUAGCAGUCUUGCUCCCGUCCCUCUCCUUGUCCCAACCUGGGCUCGAACCAAGGACCCUCUGAACACAUCAACAACUGCUUCCCACGAAGCAUCAUUACCUAUCGCUCCAUGCUGCGGCCCUUGCAGAGCAAGGGAAACAACUUCUUCAAGGUCUCAGAGCAAGUGACGUCACCAAUUGAAAUGCUACUAGCCCGCACCGCUAACUAGCUAGCCAUUUUACACCGUUUACACAAGGAUGCAUGUGUCUCUGAAUGUACCGCUGGCCUUAUGCUUUCUUAAAUGUAAACAUUUUUCAAACAUUUCUACGUUUGUUUCAUUUGAAAUUAAGUAGAACUUUCCAAUCUUGAUCUUGUAUCUUUCAAUGUCAUCUUCUGUUGCGAAGACCGAUGUUUUAUUAUGCUCUUUAGUCCUCCAUGUUUUUUCUACUUUGUAUUAUGCUGUUUGUUGAACCACAGCCACUAAGAAAUUGUGCACUGUCUGUGCAUGUGCUGGCUUUAUGUUUUGAAAUCUCCUGUUUUUUUAUGAUUGCUUAAAUAAUGUUUUCAAUUAUUAUUUCUUGUCAUUAUCUUUGCAUUUCUGAUCUAUUUUCUGUUAUUACCUUUGAUAUAAUAAAAGUGUAACUUGAAGUGCGUGUGUAUGGAAGGCCAAUGUUGAGUGUAUGUGUGUUUGUAAUGUCUGGUAUACUGGUUAUGCCUCUCCCUUCCUCUUGUAAUCAUCAGACCAACUUUAGCUUUAUGGAGGAUUUUUAUGUAUCUGCCCUGUUGUGGAGAGAGACAGAGCUGUCCUUUCCACAAUAUGCAAAUAAUCUUCUUUCUUUUUGAAUAAAAACCAAUGAAUUUC